AUGAGUAAUUGGAAUGUUCCUUCCAAUCUUUCACUUGCUGAUCCGCACUUUCACAAACCGCAAAAGAUAGAUCUUCUACUUGGUGCCGAAAGCUUUUUCGAACUGUUGUCGAUUGGACAAAUAAAACAAGGUACUAAUCUUCCAAUUCUCCAAAAAACUUUACUUGGAUGGAUUGUAUCAGGAAAAUAUAAAGAUGUCCCAAGUAAUGCAUCUAAGAUAUGCAAUUUAAUACGCCUUCAAGAAGCAGAGUCAACAGGUGAUUUCUGCUUAAACUCUCUUGUGAAAAAAUUCUGGGAAUUGGAAGAAAUUCCCAAGGAGCUCACUGUCAAAAAAUACACAAUAGAACAACAACACUGUGAGACCAAGUUUCUCAACACAAUUUUACGCUUACCUUUAGGGAGGCUUAAGGUGCAGCUUCCUUUCAAGUCCAACCCCAACCUUCUAGGUCAGUCAUAUGAAACAGCAAAAAAUCGUUUUCUCUCACUGGAACGCAGGUUGUCGAAAGACUGUAUGCUUCAGAAGCUGUAUAUGGAGUUUAUGGCAGAGUAUCGUGACUUAGGUCACAUGACAUUAACUACUGACAACUUUUCUUCGACACCUCAUUACUAUAUACCGCAUCAGUGUGUGUUGCGACCUCAGAGUACCUCGACAAAACUUCGCGUCGUGUUCGAUGCUUCAUGCCGAACAUCUUCACAAGUGUCGUUGAACGACAUUCUAAUGGUUGGUCCAACGGUACAAGAAGAAUUGUAUUCAAUCCUACUUCGCUUUCGUAUGCACAAAUACGCGAUGACUGCUGACAUUACAAAAAUGUACCGUCAAAUCGAAGUUGACGAGGCAGAUCGCAAUUUUCAACUUAUUCUCUGGAGGGAAAAACCUACGGAUCAGAUUAGCGUUUAUAAACUGAACACAGUGACAUAUGGUACUUCACCUGCUCCUUUCUUGGCAACACGUUGCCUAAACUACUUAAGUGACCUGUACAAGAAUUCUCAUUCAGUUGGAGCAAGGGUUAUCCGACAUGACUUCUAUGUCGAUGACCUAUUGACUGGAGCUGACAGUCUGAAGGAACUGGAAACAAUUCGUACCCAAUGUACUGAAAUUCUUGAUUCGGCUGGACUUAAAUUAGCGAAAUGGUUUUCAAACCAUAAAACGUAUGACUCGUCAGACUUCUUUCUAAAUGUUAAUAAUACUGAUUCCACAAAGGCGCUAGGUAUACACUGGAUUCCCCAGAAUGAUACGUUUAAGUUCCAUGUAGACGAAAAGUUUCAUGAAUUGCGAGCAACAAAAAGAAACAUACUAUCAGUAUCAGCUCGGCUCUUCGAUCCCCUCGGACUAGUAUGCCCAAUAGUGACUAACGCAAAAAUUUUAUUGCAAGAACUUUGGCUUCAGAAGCUUGACUGGGAUGAGUCAAUUCCUAUGCAUCUCGAUUCUAGCUGGCAAGCAUUUAAAAGUAACCUGACUCAGAUGGACUCUAUUUCCAUUCCGCG